GUUAAUCUUGUGAUUAAUUUGAUUUUUAGAUUUGAUUUUAGACUUUAUUAUACUUUAUUUAAUUUCUCAAAGAAGAUUUCAAAGUGAAGAUUUCAAAUGGAAGCUAAUUUAGAAGUGAUGAUUUCCAAUCUAAAUAAGUGUUCUGAAGGUAUAAAAGCUAUCAUUGAAACAACCGAAAUAAUGGAAUCUGAGUUUUUAGUAUGUAAAUCUCCAUUGUUCAAGACAGAGGACAAUUUUCUAUCACUGGCAUCUUCUGGUUCAAGUGAUUGUUUAUUCUAUUGUGUUUUAUUUUCUUUACCAUCUGCUGAAGGUGCCAUAUAUAUUGCCAGAUAUUUUGAGUUUGAUAGUUUAAGUGGAUGUUAUCAGAACCUCAUUCAUUCAAAAUUAAAAGAAAAAUUCGGAAUCAAUUCAGUUCUUCCCUAUCAAGUUUACACAAGUCAAGAUGUAGAAUCCUAUUCAAAAAGGCAAGAUAGUCUCUAUCAAAAGCAAAAACCACAUGGUAAAGCUUAUGGUUACCGUAAAAGGCCUUUUAAUAAAAUAUCUAUAGAAACUUUAUCAACAAGUAUUAACAGUAAUAGUGUUGAAGAACUUUCAUUGUCAACAGAUAAAUUGCCUUUUUUGCAGAACACAUCGUCUGUUCAAUUAAAUCUGUUUCAAUAUUAUUGUGGACAGUUGUUCAAUCAUGGUGUUUUAAAAUGGAGAUACAUGAAUGAAGCUAUGCAUAUAGUUCUAAUGAAUGACUAUGAUUCGAACACUGGUGAUUUCUUAUGUAAUGACUUCAUUCAUAUAAGUGUGUCUAAUUCAACUUUAUCUCCAAUAUAUAAUUGUUCUUGCAAAAUAUUUUCUGUUUCAAGCAGCAAUUUAGAUGAUGCUGUUGUAGGUUUUUGUCUACAUGUUCGCUUGUUAAAAAGUCUUCUCUCUGUUUUGGAUUCAAAGCCAGUUUUAAGUGAUACACAUUACAUUAUUGUUUCUGUAGUAAACGAAGGGCUCAAGUUUUCUUCUAUUUCAGUAAUUGAAUUACCGUCGCGACUUAAUGUCAAUAAGUUUUCUGUUGUGGCAAACCAAUCUGUGGCAAUUGUAACUGUGUAUAAAGUUUCAGGUAGUAACAGGAGAGUCAUUCAAUGCCACAACUCAUUAUGUAUGAUUAAUGAAGGGUCUAAAAGGGCUCUUAAAUACUUAACAAGUGAUUCUGAAGUUUGUUGUCAUCUAAUCAAAUUUAGAGAAUGCUGGGAUUUAAGUUCUAUUAGUGGCAACUUAAAUGAUGAUUUUGGUGAUUACGUUUUACCAAUGGAUGGCAUUGAACUUCCUGACCAAAAGUGGAUUGAUGUAUUUGAUGAAGUUACUGGUCUUUGGAAAUUUGGGUUAAAUAAUCCCAGUAAACAAAAAGUUGAUCAAGACCCAUUUUCACCACAGUUAGUGGAACAAUUAAAUAUACGAAGCAGAUGGAUACAUAAUCAAUCAGUUUAUCCAUUUUUGGAUGGCAUUUGUGAAUGUGGGGCUGGAUGGACUAACAAUACUUACCCAGAAGGAAGAUUUUUUCCCAAUGGAACAUCCAGUUUAUAUACUGACAGAGGUGUUAUACUGUUACAGGUUUUUCUUCUACGUUGUGUCGAUUUGUCAUGUGUUAGGUUUUGGGACUGUGCAGAAUAUUGUGUAUAUCGAUUGUCUUCAUCUACAUGUGCUGGUUAUGACAUUGGUUGGGACUUUGUUGAUUCAGUUCAAACCAGUGGUCAAACUUUUAGUGGUUUUAUUACCAAUAUGUCCAAUAGAUACAAGCGUAUGAAUAAUGCAGUAUCAUUUAUGUCUAAUUCUGUUUUUAUUGAUUGGUUUUUUGGAUGGGCUUCUCACAUGGGGAUUGACUUCUGAGAACAAUGUACAAUGUGCGGAAACAGUAAUCGUAUUUUAGCAUGUGAUGGAACAAAACUUGGCAUUGGCUUUAAACAAACAUUUGUAAAAGCUAUAGAAACUCCUGAGAUUGAAGAAGUUCCAGAAACAACAUUCCGUAGGUUUGAUUGUUGCUUCAUCCCUAACACUAAAGAGAAAGACCCUAAAGAUUUUGCACAUGCAAGGAAAGUUAUCCGUACUAUUUGUGAAAUAAUAAAGAAUUGUGAUGAUGUUGAUAAUGUAUCAUCUUUAGCAAGUUCUAUAGAUUUUUUUGUACCUCUCUUUGCUAAGGCUGCUUUCAACAGGAUGGUUAUUGGGAAAGAGUGUACUCUACAAGAAAGAAGAGCACUGGCAGAUUUCUUUUCGUUACUUGGAACUGAUGCAUCAAUGGAGUCCUUAAUUCCAUUUAGAUUCUGUUCAGAUGUAUCAUCUUUUAUGAUUUUGGUGCUGGAAAAUACUGUUUCAAUUGAGGAGCUGAAUAGUUUUGUGCAUGAAUCAAAAUAUUAUUGCCCAGAAUUGUCAUGCCUUGUGUUUACUUUAUUUAAUAAUAUUUCUAAUAUAAAGCCAUGUUAUGAUGUAGCCAUGCUUGUUGACUAUAUUGCAAAAGCAAUAAUUAACAUCCAUACUUUCAAUGAACCUAGUGCAGAUGCAAACAUAAUUGAUAACUCGUAUAAUCCAGCAAAAUUUGCGCAUAUUACUUUACCCCACACGGAUGUCAAAUUCGAAGAAUGCGUCAUUUUACUAUAGAUAAAGAAGAUCAUAAAAAAUCUGUUUUUGAUGACCAUCCUGAUGUCAACUGUGAUAAACAAUUUCCUUCUGUUUCAAAGAAAGGAACAACUUAUGCUUUUUUUUGGUUCUGCCCUGUUCAUGGGCAUUGUUAUGGUUUUCAUGUAAUACCAGGUAGCGAAGGUCGAAAAGACCCUGCUGCAUCACUAUAUACCCAUUGUCCAGAAGCCCUAAAUGAUUUAUUUUAUGACUUUGCCUGCAAUUUGUCAGAAUAUUGCAAAAACAGAGAAUCACAGUACUUUGCAAAAACUCGUUUUUUCAUGACAUUUUUCAUGGAUAUACGCAUAAAUGUUCAAAUGCCUUUAAAUAUAGUCGUUUGACCUCCUCAUCUCUGGUAAAUACAUCAAUAUGUGAACAAUUUAACAGCUACAUUUAAAAAAUCAAACGGUCUGCAAAGCUUAUGUCUCAAUGUUUUAUUUGCAAUUUUUUGUGCAUCUUUGGAAUAAAUCUAAACGAAUUUCAUUUCAAAGAAAGCUAAACAUUGCUCAUCAAGGAUGCAAAACAUAAGCAAUUAGUUAAUUUAAUACUAUUUAAAAUUAUUUUAUUCACACUCCUGUCUUAUAUGUAUGUUAUAGAUGUUGGAAAGUAUACUUUAAAAAUA